UACUCCCGCCAGGAGGUGGCUCGGUUGACGCUUCGGUCAGAUUGGAAACAGUCAGCGAAGAAGAAAAACUCGCGCUAAAAUAGAAUAUGGCGGAUGCGCGGUUCUUUUGAAAAGGAAUUCAAAGUUUAUCCAGAAACAUUACAUUUUUGGGUCACCUUCGUAUUUUGUGAAUCUACGUAUCCGGUGAUUAGACAAAAGUUGUUUGUUUUUAAAGGGAACAAUGGACACUGCAGAGACUCGAUUCGCCCAUUUGUUGCGGCCUAUCCGGGAGCUGACAAAAAAUUGGGACAUUGACGUGGCCUCAGAGUUGGCAGAUUACCUGGAGGAGCUGGAUGAGAUGUGCAUCUCCUUCGACGGAGGCAAAACUACACUGAACUUUGCAGAGGCGGCGCUGCUCAUUCAAGGCUCAGCGUGCAUUUACAGCAAAAAGGUGGAACAUCUCUACAACCUGGUGUACCAAACUCUGGACUACAUCAACGACAGAAACAAGAAGAAAGAUAAACGAGCAGCGACACCAGGAGAGGACGGUACGGAUGGGUCCGCAACAAACAAUGCGAAUGAUGAUGGUCGGUUCGACUCCUUAGACCAGGAUACAGCGAAUGUCUCGCUGCAGUUGGAGAUGAAGAAUAAGGCGACAGUGAAUGUUGAUGUGGCCCCUCUUCCUCCUGAGUCUCUGAUUCCUCCUGAGGCGUUUGAGAAACAGAAGCUGCUUCUGAUCAGUCUUAAAGGAGAGGUGCUGGGCAGCUGUAAGGACUACAGGAUGAACACGUUCACUCCGGGCGCCUUGGGUAUCAUCCGCCUCUUCCUGGCUUCUCAGUCCAACUUUCUCAGGGACGUCCUGUCUGAAACACCUUUGUGCCCCAACCCUCUGUUAAAGCACCAAGAGCUCACGGUAGAGGAUCCCGUUGUCGGUGAUGACGGCGGUGAUUACGGCGUCGAUGACAAUGCAGAGAACUUCCUGCCUCUAGAGGACAUGGAGAUGGAGAUGGACCAGGGACUGGAGGAGCAUGUUGACAGACACCAGGCCCCCAGUGAAGGGAGGAUGCUGAGGGAGAGGAGAGUCCAGCCGAUCUCUGAGAAGGAGACGAAGAAACAGAGGACAGAGGAGGACAGGGCACAGGCAGCAAACGUAUGGAAGUUGCAUGACCUUUAUGAAACAGUUGGAGAAGACAGGCCUCUGAAAAUGGGGAUAUUUUAUAAGGUUCCUCUGGGUCUGGACGAUUCUGGAAAGAGGAAAAGGAAAGGCCCCUCUGCGCUGCAAGACUUUUGGAGCUGGUACACAGGAACAUAUGAUCCUCCUGAACCCAAACUGAAGAAUGGGCCCACGUAUACAGACUUGAACUACAUCUAUAUGAGUAAAAUAAAAGACAAGCUGAAGACGCGUAAGAGGAUCCUGAGAAAAACGGGUGUGUUUGUGUCUGAUGAGGAGCUGAGAAGGACAUACCUGCAGCUGGACGAGAGAGAUGAUGGCGGGGGGGAGGAGGUAGAUGACCUCAGACACCACGACCCACCAGGCCUGCACGGUGACCUGUCUGACAAUGAACAUGAACCCUUAACGGAUGAAGCCCCCGCAGAUUUCCUGGGCGGUCAGGACUUCAUACCAGGGGCAGACAUGGAAGGACUGACUUAUGAAGACCUGGUUAAGAAGAGUGUGGAGCAGUUCCUGGUCAACGCGCAGAGUUAUGCCCAGGAGACAGCCCUGUCAAAGAGGGUGAAGGAAUGGGAGGACAAAAUACGACCAGAGCUAAUCUAUCAGGAGGAGCGUCCUGCCUUUGACAUCCAUGACUAUGGGGACAGGAUCGUAGAGGCAUUGAGUAGCGUGGGCCACAGGAGAUCCUUUGCCUCUGUAGUAAAUGGCAUGGACAACUUCGAGGCCUGCAAGUACAUGCUGGCCUCCCUACAGUUGGCCAAUGACUACACAGUGGAAAUUGACCGGCGUGAGGGCCUGGAGGAAAGCAUAGACACCAUGGGGCUCACUCUGCUGAACAAACACAGGGCCAACCAACGUUUUAAAAACGCCCCUGUAGCGUCACAGGCAACUUCAGAUCCUAUUUGACCCAUUAGUCUCUUGAACCCGUUUGUGUGCGCGCACCCGCUCCUGCCCCUCACGGACUCAGUGGGGCCUACAAACACAAUACCUCGGAACACAAUCAUGUGCGUGUAAGGUCAGUUGUUGCAGAACAGCGAUACUGUACUCCAUCAAUGUGGUGUGUUUGCUCACCUACUUUUUUUAUUUAUUUCAACCUCCUGUCUGUUGUUGAUCUGAAGUGACUGUCCUCUGUUUGUAUUUCUGUCUGUCAUUACACACAUGGUUCCAAUUAUCAGGGAAAACCUACAUCAACACAUUAGUUCUGCAUGCAAGUAAAAAGUAAUGUAUACAACAAGAACUAAUGCCAAAGGUUUUUCUUAUUGCCUAAUCUAUGAGAUAGUCACCCAUUUUAUAUAUUGAAAGUGACACCUUUUUAAGAAAACGCUCUCAGAUGAAAUGUGUAUUUUUAAGAGAAUAACCAAAUGCAUAAAAUUAUGCGUCACUGGUUUAAAAGAAAUAAUUUGUUUAGUUUUUUUACUUGUGCCAAUUGGGGAAAAAAAUAAACCUCGACCAUCAUCCA